CUCAUCGAGCUCACUCGGCCCGUGGAUGCUCACCUGGAGCACGUGGAGUUUCAGGCUCUGCUCCAGCGGCUCAGUCCCCACCUCAUCCUGCACAUCUUCGCCUCUGCCGUGUUGGAGCGACGGCUCAUUUUCCUGGCGGAGGAGCUGAGCGCCCUGUCGCAGUGCAUCCACGCCGUCGCUGCUCUCCUCUACCCCUUCACCUGGGCUCACACCUACAUCCCCGUGGUCCCCGAGUGCCUGCUCGACACCGUCUGCUGCCCCACGCCCUUCAUGGUCGGCAUCAAGAUGCGGCACCUGGAGCGGGUCCUGGACCAGCCGAUGGAGGAGGCUCUGAUAGUUGACCUCUGCGAAGGGAAGCUCAUCCAGGCGGUCGGCGAUGAGGAGGAGAUCUUGCCCAUCAAGCUGCAGAACGAGAUUCUGAUGGCCCUGAACAGGCACAACAACAACAACAACGUGCACACACCCGAUCAGCUGAACGCGCUCGUCUCCGAAGCCUUCGUGCAAUUCUUCGUCCGGCUGGUUGGCCACUACGCCUCGCACAUCAAGUGGAGUAAAAACGGCUCAGGCGCCUUCCAGGAGCGAGCCUUCUGCAAAGCCGUCGCCUCCAAGACCAACCGCAAGUUCGUCAAGAAGUUCGUGAAGACCAACAUGUUUUCCUUAUUUAUCGAGGAAGCAGAGAAGAGCAGGAUCCCACAGGAAGGUAAAGGGCCUCGUCUCUCCUUCGCUAUUCAGUCGGGCAAGCUCGGCAAAGCCCCGGGCUCUUUGG